AUGCCCUCGCUGUCGUUCUUCAAGAAGCGAAAGUCUCGUGAUCGCCAGAGCAACUCGAGAACCUCUGCUCGGGACGACAGCAGAACAGACCCGGCCGAGGAGAACCUAGAACACAACGCCCAUGGUCUGGACCCAGCCCACGCAACGGGGGAGACCAGCGUCGCCGGGACGGGAGCAAGCGGUCACAGCACCGGCACCGGCGCAGCGAUAGCGUCGCCCGACGACGCGAAAAACGUGCCCAAGGAGGACGAGAGGACCAAGGCGAGGCUGGCGCGGAGAAGUUCAACUCGGGAACUCAUCCGCGGUUUCUUGGGCCACUCGUCUCGUGGGAACCGCAGGGACCUUGACACAGGAAGAUCUAGUCCCAGCUGGACAUCUCGAAGCGCUGCCUCGACGCCUCUGCCCGAACACCGCCCCCUAAGGAGUGAGCACGAGCACGAGCAUGAGCAUGAGCAUCAGCAAGGCCCUGAGCUUGGCACUGAGCAUAAGCUUGGCCACGGGAUCGAGCGUGGACGGGAGCCCGAAUCUGAGCCCGAGCAUGCUAGCCCAACAGCAGCCGCAACCGCAACUGCAACAGAGGCGCCAGCACACCCAUCUCCGACGUUGCGCAAGAAUCCCAGCCAGCGACCACGCCCUGUCAGUGCCAUUGCUGCCACCUCAGAUACUGGCAGCAGCCUGCCGGGCCGGUGGAAGUCGCAGAGACUAAAGAGGCUGCAGAGCCUAGCGUUCAGGCCGCGCGAAAAGAGGGACAAGGACAAUAAGAAGACGGAGACGCCACAGGUAACCGUCACACCAGCCACAGCGACCACCUCCUCUCCCUCACCACACUCGGCGUCGGCAUCCGGCUCCUUCUCUCCUGCAUCACCACGCUCUCCAGUCAACCCAGACAAGCCAUUGCCAUCUCCCCCGUCCGAGCACCAGAGCGGCCCGGGAACCACAACUUCCAGCCCGCCCCUGAGGCUCAACCGCAUCAUGGCAACCCUGUCUGACCAGGACCUCGAGAAGCUCUUCUCGGGUGCCCCGCAGUUCUUCGCGCGGGCUGAGGGGCAUUACACUGGCGCGCCACAUCCUUCGGUCGCGUUCCCAUGGGACGAAUCCCUGGUCAUCAGAGACCUGACCGACCACUCCCAGAUCGACGAUGCCGCCUGGGGGUGCGUGACCGCAUGGCCCCACAUCACACGCGAUGUUGACCGGGGCCCAUCCGCUUCGACAUCUGAGAAGAUGGCCGCCAAACGCCGCGCCCAUUUCUUCCCCAGGUGCAGGGAGAGGCCAAACAUGCUCAGCAUGCAGGGACUCGAGAAGGGCACUAUGGGCUACCAGGCCGCACUGGAGCUCGGUGUCUCGGAUGCCCUCAAGGAGGAGCAGUGGGGAUUCGGGAGCUUAGGCGCCAAGGACAAGGUCGUCAUCGAGGCCAGGCAGGCCGCUCUCACCUCCAAAGACGGACUGAGGAGGUUGGAUGAGACCACAGUCCUCGACCAUCUGAUGAAGAACGCUCAGCGGUAUCAAGAGGAGCACCGGAAGGACAAGGCCACGUGCCAUGAGCUGUUCCAGGAGCUGUUCACUCACAUCUUGCAUCUGCCAAACCGAUCACUUACAAAUCCCUAUAGCCUGCCUGUACAGAUUAUGGCUCUGCUCAAGGUUCUUGCGGCGCCCAAUGUCUGGGUCGACUUUUCGCACGUCGAGUGGAGGAUCCGUCUGGGACAGAUUCUGUGGGGCACCCCUGAUGAGGACGACGAGGAUAGUGUCAGUGAUGGCGCGUCUAUCACGGAUGCAGAAGAUUCGAAGGGUUUACAUGAAGAGAGAUACUGGCUCUUGCUGCAGAUCCUGCUUGCUUGCGAGCUGCUCGUGCGCCUGGACGCCAUCACAGAGGGUGACGAGCUGCCGGAGGAUGUCAGGCGCUCGGAUGUCUACCGCUUCGAGAGGGACGCCAAUUCUUCUGUCAAGUGGUCGCUGCACCUCGCCCGAGCAUGGUUGGAGAACAUUGAGAUUACCAAGACGAAGCCAUCAGGCGACCACGAGACGCCCAAAGGCUGGCUUGCGAACCUUACGCAGAAGAUGACACUCACCAGUGACCGUCCUCAUUCUAAGCAUCACGACGCUCAUAAACACCCAAAGGAGCAAUUCAUAUACGUCAUGAAGGGAAAGUACUGGGAGAGGCAGGUUCGCGGCCUGACACAUUUUGCGAGAAGACUCAAGUGGCCGGAACUCGAGACUCAGGCGUCACGAAUUUCUGACAACUGUCGCGCAGUAACUGAAGGGACACCUCUAAACACGCCACUGGAGUCUCCAUUUUCGACGAGAACAGGCAAAACGACAUCGUCAUAUUUCACGGCAGCGAACAAUGAUGGCUCUCUUGAAAGGAAAGCCUCACGGCGGCAGAAGGUCGGCGCAGCGCUGCAUCCUGCUGGCUGGCUUUCAAAGAGUUACGUGUCGGGAUUGAUGCUACCAGGUGAAGGACUGUACCACUUCAUCAUGUCGACUCUGAUCGAGAAUGAUGUGACUGCGAUGACGAGGCUCGGGCCGAUGGCGAAUCUCUGCGGGGGAUUCAUGUAUCAGGGGAAAAGUUUCUGGAGUACGGCCUGCGUGGUUGGACGGGUCUUGGCUGCCGGAAAGGGUGCUGUAGAAUGCAUGGGAUGGAUCUCGAGUGAUGUCAUGCCCCUGGGCCUGGGCGAUGGCUGGGUCGACGUCGACGUUGAAGACAUCCCUGAGGACGUCAAGCGCACCGGCAAGCAGGCCAGGCUUUGGGGCAAGCUUGCGAUCGAGCGAGAGUCUUCUGUCCUUGGAGAAGGCUCCGAACAAGAUUCCGUCUUGCCUGCUGACUUCAUCAUUCCCUACGAAAACAAUUACAAGUCACCACCGCCUACAAUCAGUGUCGAGCUGAGGUCACUCAUCUUGUCUGAACCGCUUGAUUCGGUCCAGACAACACCGACAUUGGAAAUCGCAACCCCAUUCUCCGACUUCACGACUUCUCAGGAGAUGAGGACAUAUACGCCUACAAUCACGUUCAACGUAACCAAUUGGGAGGAGGACGAUGACGAGAUGGUUACAAUUCCUGUGGCCAAGGACGUAAACUUCGUGACGGCCCACCCAUGUGUCCCCUCACAACAUGUCAGGAUCUUGAAAUCGCCGUCAAGUCCUACAAUCCAGCAGUUCGAUUUGUCAGGCCCUUUUGCACCUGGAAAUGGCAAGCAGUCUGGUCAUGCCAAAAUCAAAUGCCAUCCUCUCCACAAAUAUUAUACCUAUACUGCCAUCCACCUCUCCGAGCUUCUCAACAAACCCAAUUGGACUUUGGAGCAGCUACUGACCGAUGCCUCGUCCAAUUUUGCCCCGAGCAUCGCCCCAGCAUCCAGCACCGACAAACCACCUCGUGUCCUCGUCAUCGACGCCAUGACUAAUUUUCUGCCGCAGCCAGAGGCACACGAGAUCCCGCUGUCGCCCGCCAUCAGCAGGGCCAGCACGAACCAGAGCUCAUCGAGCCGGCACUCAUCACUGAGUAGCGCCAGCGGGCGGGGCGGGCCAGACAUGGACAUCCCGGGAACGUCGCCAGAUAGGAACGGGAAGAACAAGGAGCGGGACAGGGAGAACAGUGCCAAGGGCACGACGGAGCAGAACAUGCACUCCGAGACCAGGAGGCGGCAGUUCGGCAGCGACAUGGAGAUCCUGGUCAGGGCGCUGUGCGCGGAGAGGGGCUGGAACGCCCUGAUCUCCCGCCGCAGGCGCGGGUGUCUCGCGUGUGCCAUCCGCGAGGCGGGCGCGCUGGGCUGGAGGGUUGUCAUACGGGUCGACUGA